AUGACGUCUGAGAACGGAGUACCUCCCAUCGCCAACUCGGAGGAGAAAAUUCCCCUGAAUGACAUGAAUCCGGACGAGUCGAAGGACCAGGGCAACGGGAGUGCCGAUGUCGAUGACCAGGGCGUGGUCGUCGCAGACGGGAAACUCACCGAACAUCAUCCCGAACCCGACGAAGAUGAAGACGUGGUCGACGAAGGAGGUAAAAGAGGCAAAUGGACGGGCAAAAUGGACUUUUUGCUGGCAUGUAUUGGCUACGCCAUUGGUCUCGGGAAUGUCUGGCGCUUUCCAUAUCUGUGUUACAGAAAUGGAGGAGGUGCAUUCUUGUUGCCCUAUCUCUUGACACUGAUUGUCGCCGGCAUACCCGUGUUCCUCUUCGAGACAUCGUUGGGUCAGUUACUCAGUCUAGGUGGUCUGGGAGUAUGGAAAAUAUGCCCUCUUUUCAAAGGUGUUGGUUACGCAGCCGUGGUCAUGUCUUUCUGGCUCAACGUCUGGUACAUCGUGGUGAUCGCGUGGGCUCUGCUCUACCUGGCGAACUCGUUCACCUCCAAGUUGCCAUGGUCGCACUGCGAUAACGACUUCAACACCCUCAACUGUACAACCAACCAAACACUGGCCAACAACUACACCACAGAUCCUACCACAGAAUUCUGGAAGCAAUAUGUUUUAGAAGAGAGUGAUGGGAUUCAUCAACCCGGUAAGGUUCGUUGGCAGCUCGCCGUCACGCUUCUAGCUGCGUGGAUUAUCUGCUACUUCUGCAUCUGGAAAGGAGUCAAGUGGACCGGGAAGGUGGUCUACUUCACCGCUCUCUACCCGUAUGUUAUGCUGAUCGUUCUGUUUUUCCGAGGAGUGACGUUAGAGGGCGCUAGAGAGGGUAUCAUCUACUACAUCAAACCCAACUUCUCAAGACUCACAGAUUCAGGGGUUUGGAUCGAUGCGGCAACGCAAAUUUUCUUCUCAUAUGGAACUGGUAUCGGAAGUCUUAUUGCUCUAGGAAGCUACAACAAAUUCAGCAAUAAUGUCUACAGAGAUUCGAUGAUUGUAGCUUGUGUAAACACGGGAACCAGCUUCUUUGCAGGCUUUGUCGUAUUCUCGACGCUGGGUCAUCUCGCUCAUGUACAGAACAAAGAUGUUGCCGAUGUAGCCACAAGCGGUCCUGGUCUUACGUUCUUGGCGUACCCAGCAGCCAUCGCUCAGCUCCCGUUCCCAGCAGUCUGGGCCGUUAUGUUCUUCUCUAUGAUCUUCAUGGUCGGUCUUGAUUCACAGUUCUGUACGAUGGAAGGCUUCUUCACAGCAUGCAUUGAUGAGUGGCCACGGUAUCUUCGCAAGCAUAAAGAAAUCUUCAUUGCAGUCGUCUGCUUCAUAUCAUAUCUCAUUGGGAUCGGAUGUAUUACACAGGGUGGUAUCUACGUAUUUGAGCUUCUGAAUACUUACUCAUCUAGUGGGAUUAGUCUUCUCUUCCUGACCUUUUUCCAGACUAUAGGAGUCAGUUGGUUUUAUGGUGUGAACAGAUUCUAUAAGAACCUUGAGCAGAUGUUGGGCUACCGACCUAUGAUGUGGUGGAAACUCUGCUGGACCAUCUUCACGCCUCUCAUCUGUGUGGGCGUAUUUCUUUUCAGCUUGGUAAAAUACAAACGGGUUGAGUACGAAGACUACACGUAUCCUGUAUGGGGCGAGGUGAUUGGGUGGUUAGUGGCUCUGAGCUCAAUGAUGUGUAUCCCAUCUUACAUGGUCUAUCUAUUCUUCGUGACAGAAGGAUCACCCAGAGAACGUUUCCAGAAGUGCAUCGCCCCUCGUUGGACGGAGAGGGAUUACGAGAGGGGCAUAGCUGUACCCCAGCACCAGUAUCCCUACCAGUCCUACCCUCCUCCUUCCUAUGCCAACGCCAUUGCUGGGGAAGUCAGACCCACUCAGGUUUGAAUGAGUGGGGCUAUAGAGACACCGGUCAUCGGUAGUUAACAUGAUGGCGGUUUGUAAGAUAAAAAUCGAUCAAUUAUUGUUUAAACCGUGUAAAAACCCACAAGUAUCUGAUUAUGAUAAUCAUGCAUUAUUAGAUAAGUAUCUCUAACAAAAUAUACACACGAUAAUAAAGAUGGAAAAGGCUUGUAGAACGGACAAAUUAUUUCAGAGAGUUUGGACGUCACGAUAUUUAAACGCAUGAACUUGACUAAAUACAGCCAAUUUAAUCAUUUCAUUUCUAGAAUUUUGAAAAUCGAUUUGCUUUAUGGGAUAGGAUUGCAUUUUUGCAUUUUUUCUUUUUUCAGAUGGCUCUUUAUUAGCAUGAUUAGCAAUGCAAUUACUGACAUAAUGAGAUACUUAAAGAGUUAAAAUGAAUUGCGGUGUGUAGCUUGAUAUGUAAAAUUAUGAGUCAAAAUUAGUGGAACCGUUCAGUAUGAUAUGAUAGAAAAACCACAAUAAGACAAGAAUUACUGAAGAAGUUAUCUCUUAUAACUCUAUAUAUUUUGAAUAUCUUGACCAUGUAAAACAUUAAGGAUUUCAUUCCCUUUUUGUUGCUGAUACCCUAUGACUAGGCAUAGAGUUUGCUUGACCCCAUAUAAGUGAUUUUUCUUUUGCUGUGGUAAAAUUCUUUGUCUUUUGGAUAUGCAUAACAUAUUACACGCUCUGAACGUUUAUUUCUUUAUCGCAUCAGCAUGUAGCAAAGGAUAAAGACAUUCCAAGUAUUCAGUUAUAUGGAUGUGUAAAUAGCAUCAGGUCUCCUAACACAUGAAUGCAAGUUGAAACAAGGUAAUCGUUUAAAAAGCUGUAAGUGUCAGAAAGGGAAAAGGAUGAAACACAAGGAAAUAAGCCAGAACAAUCAUGAAAGAAAACUCAAAUUUCGAUACACAAGCAAUCGCUGUCGAUGCUAUAACAAAAAUUAGAUAUUGAAAAUCGCAAAUUUAUGAUGAAUUUUUCAGUCUAUUUUCUUUUGCGAGUAUUGUAAACAAAAAUCGGACAUCAAUAAAUCAUCAACUCAGAUAGAAUUAGAUGAAUUUGAAAUUGCUAUUUCACAGCCUCUAAUGAAAGAUUAAUUUAGUCAGUUACAGGUCAAAUAAAGAAGACUUUGCUGACUUAUUAUUACUAAUUGAUGUUCGAAGGCUGCAAGGCAUUUCUUGAUGAAGAUCAAGUUACAAAGCAUCACCUGUCUUGUAUAAUAUGUCUUUGAUUUUUUUUUGGCUGAGUUGAUACUGCACCUGCAAAGACUGUCAAUCGCUGAAGGCUUAUCGUUCUCGUAUUUCCUUCGAAGUGCAGUAACAUUGUUGGGAGUAUGUCUGUGGAGGGACGACCCUUAUCUUUCAGAUUUUUCAGAAUUGUUGGCAAUGGCGGAUUUCUGUUAUAAGAUCACUGUAAUAUUUUAGACAGAUGGAUCGAUGAAAGUGAGAGCCAUAGAGAGAGAGAGAGAGACCAAAUAUAUAAAUCGAACAUAGAUUUUACAAAAAAAUGUUUGUUGACUGCUCGCCAUCCCCCGACUCUUCUCCCACUCUUUCCUACACACACAAACACACGCGCGCCCUCCCUCCCUCCCUCACGCACCCACACACAUGACCAGGAGGGAUUCUCUUUUCUCCGUCAUAAUAGACCGAGAGGCAUGGAGUGUAGGUCUGUAAGGGGGCAGAGGUAGUACCCCUUGAGUCCCAGCUGGGGUGAUUAUUGAGCUCUAGGCGACAAGGCAUCCAAAGGAGCCCUGGUGGUGCCUCAAAAGGAUCUGUUGGUGCCUCUAAGAUCAAAAGAGGCAUCUAAAGCAUCAUCAGCCCGACAUGACGUAAGACAAUUUCAAAGGCAAUCAAAGGCAUGAGCAUGUUUUCUUCAAAAAUAGAAUAAGAGAAUUCUCAGUUUGGAUGUGUGGGAGUAUUAAUACCAAAUUAUUCAUAGCAAGCGAGAUAAUACGUCUUUAAUCUCCCACGUGAUAUAUUUUUUAAGGGACUUUAUAUUUUUUUAAGGUGUUUUUCCCGCGUCAAACGAACGCCCGCCGUGUCGUCAGUAAUUAUUGUUCAUUUUCGAACUUCAUGGUUGCAUUUCUUUAUCACGAAGAUUACCCCCACAAAGAAUUCAAAGUUUAUAAAUGUUAUCUACAUUAAAUCUAACAUUAAUGUAUGGAAUAUAUAUAUAUUUUGCUAGGUUUAUGUCAAGAAUUGACUUGAUAUCAAGUCAGAUAGUCGUCGUCAACGGUCGUCUCCAAUUAAUAUGCAAACAUAUUUUGGGGCUCAUUGAUUCCUGUUUCAUUUAGAAAGGAGACCCUAAAUCACAUCAAAAGAAGCUCUGUUUGCCUUGCCGUGCCUGCAUGUUUGUCUUGUCUCUUCUUGUCUCUUUUUUAGACAGACAGUGGUAACGUACCUCAGUCAAGGUAUCGAACAGACGUGAUCGCGCAUACCGAUUAGCCGAUAACACUACCCGCUGCAUCACAUUUUCCGACCCUUUAUUUUCCCGCUAUUUUAAGUCGCCUGUCCGUCGGAUCGAAACCAUCCUCGUUCCCUCAGAGUUCGACAGUCAGGGAAUAACCGCGUUCACUGGGGAGCUGAUAGUUCCGAACAUUUUGAAUUCAUUUGAAUACAGAGCUAUUUCACAGUGUUUUCUGCCCACCGGAGGCAACCAAAAACCGUUGACUUCUUAACCUAUACGGAUAUGUGAAGGCACAUGCAUUAGAUAACUGCGUAAGUUCUUGUUGUCACGUGGCAUAAUGGCAUGAACGGGUUUAAAUCUGCAGAGGUGUAAUUUUUUGAAAAGUCUAAGAUUGAUAAUAGAAUUUUUUUCGGGCAUUAUCAUGCAUACACAAAAAACAAAACAAAAUUGUAACUGAUUGUAAACAAGAUUCAAGUUAUGCUAUAGAAAGUGUUAACCUACUUUGGUCAUUUUGAUAGUAAACAACUUCGCGGAGAUGCAAUUGCAUAUUUAUGAUGUUUCAUGUGUGACUACUUUGUCUUCAUGAUUUAUUUACGAUCUAUGAAAUGAUGGAACCCUCAAACAUGUCAAACUAGGCUUCUGCUUGACGUCACCGGUCGUGUUUCAGAUAAACCUCAGCCAGCAUACCAAGGGAGGGUUAGGGAUAUAUAGGAACCGAGAAAGACAAAUAAGAAGAAAGAGAUAAAGAGCGGGAGAAGAGAGAAAGAGAGGGAAGAGAAAAGGGAGUAUUAAAGAAAAAAAAGAGGAAGAAAGCGAUAGAGAGAGAGAGAGAGAGAGAAAGAGAGCUGGUGAAAAGGCUUGAAAAGAGAAGGAGAGAGGUAGGCAUAAACAAACAGGCAGAUAGACCCUUCCCCCUUACAAAAAAGAAGAAGAAGAAGAGAUAGAGAGAUGAUUUAAGAGAGAGAGAGAGGAAAGAAAAAUGGAUGGUUAUAAGAGGGAGGGGAAAAUAAAAGAUAACUACAAGACAAAAAAUGGAAGUGUCAUUGGACAAAAUAACGACAACCAAACAGAAACGACAAUGAUGUUUAUUAUUUUGCAAGAUAUAGAAUAGGAGAACGGGAAGUUGGCGAUAGACGAGGGAGAAAGAGUGAGUGGAAACUGAGCGCUGGAUGGUACUUCAAAAUUUCGAUGAUUGGCCUAUGGCGCGAAAUAAAUCUUGCAUAUUAUCCACGUGUCAAGUGGCGUAUCAGGCGCCUGACAGCAAGUUGAUUCACAUCUGGGCUAGAUCGCUAUAACUCCGGCUGACGUUAGCAGAAAGUUGAUUAAAAGAAAUAUACUCAUUUUGUUUCCUUACUUGCUCUUUUUUGGGAAGAAAUAUCAUGAAAAAUUAACAAAAUGCAACAUUAUAGCUUUGUUUGAUUGGUUUCCGUUUGUUGAAAAUUAGUAGUGAGGAAGGUAGAUAAACUAGGGGGAAAAUGCGAGGGAAUUCACGGGAUGAAUUAGAGGUAGGAUGAGCGGACAUCACCGUUCAUACCGGUGGGAUAGAUUAAUUAACAACGUGUUUAAGAUACUAAGGAAUCAAUAUGGAAGAACAGAACGUUGGGAAUGCGUGAGGAAAGGGGGAGGGAGGGUGAAUGAAAGUGUGAAAGCAGAAAGAGGGAAACCUGUGGUGUCGCUGUGUAUCGGUAUGACCCACCAGACGGUAUCUUCAACAAGCAAAUUGAUCUACCUCCUUGUGUGGGUGAUGAAGUGUCCUACACACGCAUGAACAGACCUAUAAAAGGUCAAGUGGGCUACCAGACAAGUGUCACCAUCUUCCGUUUUAAACUGUUCACAAUAGCUCUUUUCCGGAUCGAACGGGAUGAAAACUAUACAACAAUUGACUUUUUUUCUUCUAUGGACAUAGCGAAUGUCGUGUUAGUGAUGAAGACAUAUGUUCUGGUAAGAAUAAGAUGUUCCUAUAUAGUUGCAUGGCAACCAUGGCGAUUGUGUGUCAUCAGAUGAUGAGAUUCAAUAAGGCGAGUAAUAAUUGAUCGAAGGGCUUGUGAAUAUUAAAUGGUAAUAAAUGUAAACAUCAUGUUUUGAUUUGGGGAAACUGGAGGAAAGAGAGAGAGAGAGAGAGAGAGAGAGAGAGGGAGAGAGUGAUGUGAGGGGGCGUUCGAUAGUGAGAUGGAUGGUAGGGGACUACGGAAGCAAAGAGGAUGGAUAGAGAAAAGGACAGAGGUGAUGCGAAGGGGUAUUUUUCAUCUUAGGAACAAAAAAACCCAAAACGGGGUAAAUGUAUAACAGGAGGAUACAAACGAUGAGAUACGUCAAAGUGAGAGCGUCAAAAACGUAAUAUAAAAUAGGGUCAAGCGUGACACUUGUCUUCUUGAUAAUAAUGUCUCCUUCGAAAAUCAACUCAAAACAAAAAUGCGGUCAAAUAUGUACAAGCAUGCUUUCUGGACUAUACAUGCUGCAUCAUAACAGAAGUAAAGAAACGCCGAAUAUGAUGUUUACUUGGUCCUGUUUUGAUGUUUUGUUGUCGCUCCUUAGCAGAGAGCAAUAUGUGAUCUGAUUCCCAAGUUGACUUCUCCUUUUGUAGAUAGACGUGAUGGGGGGGGGGGGGCAGUUGUACCAUGCUUCUUCUCUUAUUUCAUGGUAAACAGGUAAAGUGCUGAAAUGACAGGGUCUAGUUUGAUGUUUAUAAUAAGCAAAGUAUGUCAAAUUCAUUCUAUUUUUGAUAACUGUUUACCUAAACAAUACAAAACAGGAACGUGAGCAGGGUAAGAGAAGUGUGAGCGAUUGAGAUGGACAGGCAAAUACAGAUCGAGAGAUGUGGCUGUUAUUGAAAAGAAAUGGAGAGAGUAGAGGGGAUGAAAGUCAGAGGGGAAAACAGACAUAUUAUAUAGAAUAGAGAGAGAGGGAGAAAGUGUGUAUGUGGGUGUGGGUAUGUGUGUAUGUAUGGGGAUGGGGGUACAAGUGUGAGUAAAUGAGAGAGAAAGGAUAUCAACUAAGUUUUUUGCUUGCAAGUAUGAUUUAUGCACAGGAAAUAAAUGCUAUAAAUCAAGAUCAUUUAUAUUAAUCCGGGAGUCCUCAAGACUGUUACGAUUCCUGGCACCGUGACUGAUUACAGCGGAGUCCAACCCCUUGAAUUUAAAAAAGAGGCGCUUUGGCCCACAUUGGACCUGCGGUGAAAUGAAUUCAUGGCUAUGCGAACAGCGCGCAAUAUAACAUAUAGGGACAAGCCUUGUCCAAUACAUCGCCAGAAAACCGCAAUAUUUUCAUUGAAGAGAAGUAUGACGUAUUGUCAAGUCGCUUAUGAGAAUGUCCAUUGUUUAAUAAACAAAAGAUGUUGCUAAUAUUGAAGGUCGCAUGUGUGGAUUGUCGUCUAUUAAUAGAAGAUCAGAGAAAAUCGGAAACAGAAUUGUUACAGCAGGUAUCAGCAAUAGGGUUGGCCCUGGGAUCCGCGACGCGACCCCAUCAAGGUACUCGCACUCUGCUGAUAGCUCAUAAUAGUCAGGAAUACCUGAUGAACGAUUCAAACGUACGUGUAGGCCUACUUUAAAGUAAAAUGGCAUUUUCAGUACUCAAGUCUAGGCCGGUAAUCCACAACACGAGGCUCUUUUAACAUUUCAUUCACAUUAUACCCGUGAGCCGGUACACAAAUCUCAUGAUAAGCUUUGAUUUCCGACUCCCCUAUUUCGAAAAGAAAGAAACCAUACGUCGAAUCAAUCAGUCGAUUUCAAAUUAUCUCAGCUUCCUAUCGCUAUAAUGAUCGCAGAAUUAAUUAAAUAUUGCUUACAUAAUAUCGUAUAAUAUUGAAUGCCCCCUGUUGUUCAGGGAACGCGCGAAAGAAACAAUAAUGAGUGGUUUUAAGAUGAAAAUGGAUGAUGCACGUAAUAGUAGUACUAAGGAAAAAAGGAAGCCCUCAACAAAAGAGAACGAAGUAUAUAGAGAAAAGAAAUGAGAGAGAGAGAGAGAGA